UUUAGUGCGGAUCUUUCUUUUGGGAUCUUUCACUAGCGGGAUGGUGAACACCAAGGGUUACCGGAGAGGAACGCGCUACCUCUUCGCCAGGGGCUUCAGGAAGCAUGGCGUCGAGCACCUGUCUACCUUCCUUCAGGUCUACAAGCGGGGAGACUACGUUGACGUUAAGGGCAACGGAGCCUUCCAGAAAGGUAUGCCGCACAAAUUCUACCACGGCAAGACGGGCCGAGUGUUCAACGUGACGCCGCACGGUGUCGGCGUCAUCGUCAACAAGCGCGUCCGGCACCGCAUCAUUCCCAAGCGCAUCAACCUGCGCAUUGAGCACGUGAAGCACUCCAAGUGCCGCCAGGACUUCCUGGAGAGGGCCAAGAAGAACCGUGAGCUGCGCAAGGAAGCCAAGAAGGCCGGCAUCAAGGUCUGCUGCAAGCGACAGCCCGAGGGUCCCCGGCCAGCGCACUUCGUGAAGCUGAACGGAAGACAGGAGCCAGAGUUGCUGCAGCCCCUGCCAUACGAGUUCAUCGCCUAGACCUGUCAAUAAACGACCACCCAACACAC